CUCUCCCGUCCUGCACUGCGGCCCUCCCAUCCUGCCCCGCGGCGCACACAGCCGGCGACCCGGGGUCUCCGCGAGGAAGGUGGCACCGGCGGCGGCGCAGCGUGGUUUCCUUAUCGGUGAUAAAGAGGGACAACAUGGAAGUGAAGGAUGCAAAUUCUGCGCUGCUCAGUAAUUACGAGGUGUUCCAGUUACUAACUGAUCUGAAAGAGCAGCGUAAAGAAAGUGGGAAGAACAAACACAGUGCCGGGCAGCAGAACUUGAGCACCAUCACCUAUGAAACAUUAAAAUACUUAUCCAAAACUCCAUGCAGACAUCAGAGUCCUGAGAUUGUCAGAGAAUUUCUCACAGCAAUGAAAAGCCACAAACUGACCAAAGCUGAAAAGCUGCAGCUGCUGAACCACAGGCCGGUGACUGCUGUGGAGAUCCAACUGAUGGUGGAGGAGACAGAAGAGCGGUUCACCGAGGAGGAGCAGAUCGAAGAGCUUCUUCACACUGUCGCCAGCAUCCUGCCUGCUGAGCUGGAGGUGGAGCAGGAGACGAAUGCCAGCAGCAACGUGGUGAUGGAGGAAGAAGGCCCAGCCUAGAGGAGCACCGGGCUGGCUGCCCCUUCCUUCCAUCCCAACAGGCCCGUUUUCCUGGUUAGUUGGGGAAAUCACAGAAAUACAGUGAAUGGAUGUUUGGGCCUUGGGGAGAAGAGACAUGAAGUCAGGUGUGGUUAUCUGGCGAGAGCCAGAGGAAGAAGAGAGACUGGCCUUUACCGCUUGUGGGAGGCCUGUGUGGCCUCUGCUGAGCUGCGUGGUGAUCAAGUUCAUCUGCUUUCCUCAGGCUGUUGGUGGGAGCUGCACUAAGAGAACCCAGAGCCCUGAACAGUUGUGGUGGUUAGGGUGAGCCACGGAGCUCUCACCUGAGGGAAUUUCCUUGGCAGUGGAGAUGGGAAAAUAGAGGAGGAAAGCCUGGGCCUGGCCGGCCUUCUGUGAGGGGUUGUUGAUGGGCACAGACUCGGGGUCUUUCUGACCACCUGUUUCCUGUCCUGUGCUGGCAGCCACCAGGGGGCCAGUGAGAGACCAGCAAGCCAAAAUCAUUCCCGCCUUUAAAGGGAACACCAGUAGGCAGUUCUUUCAUGAACAGAGCAGGAAAACCUGGACCAACUAAUAAGAAUUUGAAUUUGCUAUUACAAGGUUGCAUCCUUUUUUUAAUUUAAAAUAAUAACUACCACGUGAAGAGCUUUUCAUAUUCAGGCUUUGAAAAGUUUAGUGUUCGAAGGCACGUGGUUGCCCAUCUCCUCCUUCACCAUUCCUUAUUUGGGGACGAAGUGCCCGUGAACAUUAAUCUUCCAGUUGUACUCAUGUUGUCUAAGAUCACAUGUUUUCAGUGCUAUAACGUGAGUUACUUCCUGCCCCUUUGUAAACCUGCUCACCCCCAGCAGUUGAUGAUUUACUGUCGUGCACAGAGUAGCUGAAGUCUUUACAGGCAGUGCUGAGAGCCACAGGUUUAGGGUUAAAUCUCUCUGGAGUCUGGGGAUCUGCUCAGAGCUGUUGAUGUAUUGUACCUGUCGCCAUUUCUCUUUUAACCUUAUUAGAAAUGUGUUAGAUGGUUUCCCUUGAUGGAUUUAAGGCUUACACUAGUUAGUGAUACAUUGUUUCCAGAUGUUGCCAAACUUUGCCUUUUUUGGAA